GGGAUUAAGGGAGGGAGCAAUUCCAGGAAGAUUCUUCUUCACCAGAACCGGGCAUUCUGCAUGAGCCUCCUAUCUCAAGACCCCCGGGAGCCAGAGAGUGGCCUCAGCCGGGGGCUGGCUGCCUCUCCAGGGGCCCCUGCAGUGAGGAUGACCCUGGAGCAGGCCCUGGAGACGGUCAUCGUCACCUUCCAGGAUUAUAGCCAUCUCUCUGGAGACAAGCACAAGCUCUGCCAGACAGAGCUCAAGGAGCUGCUGCGGAAGGAGCUGCCCACCUGGACCCCAAUGGAGUUUCGGGAGUGUGACUACAAUAAACUUCUGAGUGCCCUGGACACCAACAAGGACAACGAGGUGGACUUUGAGGAGUAUGUCCACUCACUUGCCCGCAUCUGUCUCUUCUGCCACAAGUACUUCAGGGACUGCCCCCCGGAGCCCUCCUGCCCUCAGUAGCCUUUGCUCCAGAGGGCUAUGCUGGCCUGAGAGGCAAGGUCUGCUCCAGGCAGCUCCAUCUGUGCCCUGAGGGGGUCCUGGGCUCGUCUCCCUCACCCUCCCUCCCUGCUCUCCUGGACCCCUUCCAAUCUGGAGCCAACCCGCCCCUGGCUUGCCCCUCCUAUGCCAACUCUUUUUACCCAUGAGAACUUCCUGGAUGCCCAGCUGGUGAGGGGAGGGCAGCUCCCACCUCCACUCCCUCUCUCUGUGGGUAGGAGGAGGUGGGGUUCUGUCACAAAAGUCCUGGGGGCCCAGUAGUGUGUGCGUCAAUGAAACUGUGGUAGAAG